UAAAUUUCUAGUUACGCCACUGUUCAUUCUCGUCCAAGAACACUAAAGGUCGUCUGCGUAUUUGGAUCUGGAUUAUUUAAUUUCAAUUUGCUUCCUGCUGAAGUCAUUCCCACUUCGCAGUAAUUACUCAUGGGUUACGCCCAUCUCUAACCCAUGUGACCCAUUUUUUCCUGCAGUGCCUUAAAUUUAAUAAGUGUCCUUGUGUUCUUCGCCAGCGACAAAUAGUGCACCAAAUCAGACUAAACCAACAGUUAGUUACACAUUCAACCAAGGUCGGCGCCUUAGAGGAAAAAGCAUGAGUUACGGUUUCCAACCACCACCACCCUACCAGCCGGGAGCACCUCCAUACCAGCCAGGAGCACCCCCACAGCCCGGCUUUCCCGGUGCUCCUCCUCCCUACCAAGGGGGGCAAUGUGCCGUCAUCAGGAACACCCCGUCUGGCCUGUGUCUUGAUGCAACUGAAUAUGAAGUCAAGUUGCAACAUUACACAGGUUCUCCAGCUCAGCAGUGGAUACUAGAGCCGGUUGGAGGAGGUGAUAGAUACGUUCUCAGAAACAAGGGAAAUGGGGCUGUGUUGGAUAUUGAAGGAGGGCCAGAUUGUGGUGCGAAUUUGAUUACUUAUGAGAGUCACGGGGGGCUUAAUCAACAAUGGUUUGUCAAUCCUGACCAUACCAUUACUAGUGCCGCUGCAAACUUGGCUGUGGAUGUGUGUGAUGGUAAUUGCUUCCCAGGGAAUAUUCUCAUUGCCUAUGAUAGACAUGGGGGCCCUAAUCAGCAAUUCCACUUGGAGUACCACUAAAUUUUGGCUUAAUUAUCCCUUGGGAUACUUUAAGUAUGUUCAAAUAAUACUAUCUGUUCAGAUAAGGGCUAAAUUGUUACAUUUAGGGUCAUUGUCAAAUGAAAUAUAAUUUACUGUACUUAGUAUUUGGGGCCUUAAAUCGGAGUUAAACACAAUUUAUUUCCAUUUUUUUAUUUAAAAUACGAAUUUUUUUAUUUGAAGUUUGUUCAUUUUUUGAUGUACAGGGCUGCCAAUAAGUAAUAGCAACAAAUUAAUUUUCCCUAAGACCAAAAAUGUUUCACCUCCAUUAAAUAAAAAUAACGCUGUUGCCUUUAAAAUAAAUGUUAUAUUGGGAAGUAUAUAAUUCGGACUGUGUUAAUGUAAAUUUGUUAUAUUUUUCUAAAUAAGUAUAUAAAAUAUUUAAAGCUA